CUGAUUCAUAAAAGCUGUUGACCUAUUUUAGACAUUUGUAUAAAGUUCACGUAAACCCCAAGGAAAGGGUUAAGAGGCAAUAUGAUUAUCCCAUCUUGUGAUCCCAUUUCCAGCCAUGAAAGACGGUAUUUUAUUUGUGCAGAAAGGGCCGUAGCAGACGCACUCACUCGCCGCUUCAGUUCAGACACUACUGGAGAGCAGCUAAACCUGUGUCAGGAGGUGUAUCCGCUCAUGAUGUGUCCUGAUGCCUGGUGGAGGAGCAGUGAAGACUGUGAGAGCAGUGAUGUGGAGACCGGGCCCUCGGCCCCCGGUGGUCCUGCUGUGGUCCUGGGCCUCCAGAGACUCUCUUUUGCCUACCAGAGCCUCUUGGAGAUCCCCUACGAGACCAUCCUUCAGCAGCAGGACACUCUGGAGGUCCUGGACCUCAGUUACAACUCGCUGGACGACUCUUUUGGGCAGUUUGGAGAAGCUCAGCACACUCAUCCUGGAUUGUAACAACUACAGCGCGCAUGUUAAGUUCCCCUACAUGCCCAGCCUCACCACCCUGUGGAUCAACAAGAACAAAAUCAACAACCUGCCCAUCAUUGUGGAGGAGAUCUGCUGCAAGUUCCCAAACAUCAAAAUUCUCAGUAUGAUGAACAAUAAAGCGGCACCCAGUUACUUUAACGGAGGCAGUCUCACCCAGUAUAUGGAUUACAGGCAGUAUGUGAUCAGUCAGAUCCCGGGUCUGGAGGUGCUGGAUGACACAGAGGUGCAGGAGAAAGAGCGUGAGGUGGCCCGAAAGACCUACAGGAUGCAGAGAAUGAGAGAAGGCAGCCGCAGGAGGAAGGAGCUUCAUCGCUAACGCUAGUCAUAUCACAAACUUCCCCCGGGCCUCGAGCCAAGCCACUUAUAAUCCAACAACAGCCAAAGCACUCCUUCCAGACUUCAGCAGCUUCAAUUUACUCAUGCAGCAGAUCGUAUCUAGUGUGAAACUACAACAAAUAAAACAUUUCUGUCUUCUUUCUUUUCGGAAGAAAUAAUGUAAAAACAAAAAUGUUCCUCUGUAAAGAUAUAUGAGAGGGAGAGGGAUAUUUACAGAAAAGUGAAUAUAAAAUGUUGAAUAUUUUAGCAUGCAACCUAAUAAAUGUUUAAUGUAACUGCCACACAUUUUUUAUUAAGAGAAAUGUUUUAAUAGAACAAAAACAUCUGAUUGGAUGAGCCACAUUCAAAGCCAUUAUAAAAAAAAGUAUUGGACAUAAUUUGAAUUCUAUAUUAAUGUGACAAGUUGCAAAGCAACCAUAAACAGUUUACAGUUAGGGUUAAUGAAUUAUAAAAAAAAAAAAAAAAAAAAAAAAAAAAAACAGAAGAAUAAAAAACAGUUGCAUCUUCAUAAUGCUGUUUCCACCAUUUAAAUGAUAAUAAAAAAGCAAUAAGCCAGUGACACAGCAAUCUAGUUUAUUGCUCUGAUAUAACUGCUGCUAAAGCAGAUUAUUGAUAGCAAAUAAAAACUGCUUGUGUGGUUUUGUGAUAAGGCAUAUCUCUUAUCUUCAGAGCCUCUGAUAACCGCUUCACAGAACCACAUGUACUAUAUUUAUCUCAGCUGUGAUGUUUGAGCGUCUUCAUGUACAGAAUGUUCUUGAAAUCAAAUAACAGAUCUCUCUCCUUAUUCAGCUUUGAAUUUAGAUCAUGUCGACAGACAACAAAUGAUUUUUACAUGCUAACAGAUUCAUGCACAUGAAUCAGAUACAUCUGACUAAAUUAUGAAGGUAUGUCAGAAUCUGUGGUGUUUAUUAGUCUACAAUGGAAAUGAACUAACUAUGACCUUUCACACACAUUCACAACAGAAGAGAGAAACAGGCGCAGAAGCGCUGAAUCAUUACCGUAAUACACAUAAUACUAUAAACAAUAUCAGUCAAAAUCAGUCAAAAUGCCAAAACUUACAGUGUAGAAACCAUUUGCAUAUAUUAUAACAUUUAACACUUAGGCCUAUAUACCCAGAGUUAGGGAGUAAUGGAAUAAAUGUCACUUAAUUAUGUAUUUAAAAUACUAAAUGAGUAACUGUAUUUCAUUACAGUUACAUUUUAAAUGGGUGGUAAUCAAAUUACAGUUACAUCUGAAAUGUAUUUUAGAUUAGCAAAGUGAUUAAGUUGAAUUUUAAUGUCACUGUAACCGGCAAUUAAUGUAAACAGCAAUUAAUGUAAUCUGCAAAAGCAUCCUAUAAACUGCACUUCUGCUCAUAAGCUUCAUAUUGUUAGAGAAUAUGCACAUUUGUAAUAAUUAACCAAAAUAAGAG